AUGCAAACUGCACUAAGACUUUGCCGGAAUAAAGACCAGCUAUUUUGUUUGGCUCAUAUAUAUCACGACAUCCGGCCCUAUCAAAAUUCUCACGCAUGCCCAGUUUGCAGAGAACACCCGACUCCGGAAACUCUACGACGUCCUACAGGAUUUUUGAAGAAUUAUUUAGAAGAUCCGAAAAUCAAGUGUGACCAUCGUAAUCGUGGUUGUCUUGACGUCAUCCGGCUUGAAGAUCUUCAAAGGCAUGUUGAUGAAUGUGGAUUCGUGCUCGUCAUGUGUGGAAAUGAAGGAUGUGGGACGGUUGUCAAUAAAUGA